UUGGAUUUGUGUUUGUCCCACCAAGACUGCUAGUGUUAUGAGUACAUGGAAUCUCUAACUGUGAAAUGGAAACACUCUCUAGUCUACCUCACCUUCAUCUACGCCAUCCUCUACCUUCUCCACACCAAUUUGCGCCUCGACAACCGCCCUAUUCGCCUCAAGAAAUGGCCCCAUCUUCCUCUCAGGUUCCGCCACGACGGCACUUUCAAGAUCCUUCAGGUCGCUGAUAUGCAUUUCGGAACCGGAAUCCUCACUAGCUGCAGAGACGUGCUGCCCUCUGAGUUCCCUUACUGUUCCGAUCUUAACACCACCCGAUUUCUUUAGGCCUUGAUUCAACUUGAACCAGAUUUCAUCGCAUUUACCGGAGACAACAUAUUUGGUCCAAGCACUACUGAUGCUGCUGAAUCUCUGCUAGGAGCCUUUGGUCCGGUCAUGGAAUCUGGACUUCCAUGGGCAGCUGUCUUAGGAAACCAUGACCAAGAAUCUACAAUGACUCGUGAAGAACUGAUGUCUUUCAUCUCUCUAUUGGAUUAUUCAGUCUCACAAACCAAUCCACCUUCUAUAGAUAUUGAUGGCUUUGGAAAUUAUAACCUCAGUGUCUAUGGUGCUCCAGGUUCCCAUUUGGCAAACAGUAGCAUCCUCAACCUCUUCUUUCUUGACAGUGGAGACCGGGAGACUGUUCAAGGAGUUCGAACUUAUGGAUGGAUUAAGGAAUCUCAACUUCAUUGGCUUCGCAGUGUUUCACAGGGACUUCAGGGACAAAAUCAGGAGUUCAAUUACAUAACAGAAAAUCUGCCUGUAGCUACAUCACCAGCACUGGCAUUUUUCCAUAUUCCAAUUCCGGAGGUCCGGCAGUUAUACUACCAAAAGAUUAUAGGCCAGUUUCGGGAGGGUGUGGCUUGUUCAUCAGUGAACUCAGGGGUCUUAAAGACUUUGGUCUCCAUCAAAGAUGUGAAGGCUGUGUUCUUAGGCCAUGAUCAUGCGAAUGACUUUUGUGGAAAUUUAGAGGGAAUAUGGUUUUGUUAUGGUGGAGGCUUUGGGUACCAUGGCUAUGGAAGGGCUGGCUUGCCAAGGAGAGCAAGGAUCAUCUUAGCAGAACUUAGGAAGGGCAAUAUGGCAUGGAUGGGAGUGGAGAGGAUUAAGACAUGGAAGCGUCUUGAUGAUGAGAAUCUGAGCAAGAUUGAUGAGCAAGUCCUGUGGGAGUUUCAGCCAUCUAGAUGAUUUUCUUUCCAAGUAUCAAGGUACUUUGUAAUCUGUAUCUGAAUCAUGUUGUAUAUCCUCUGUGUUAGUUUUUUUUU